UGAGGUUGUUGCUGGCUUGUAUUUUUUAUCUAGUCAUAAUUUUAUUAUUCAAUUUAAUUGUAUUUAUAAUUAGUGCUUAGAUAGUUAUAAAAAUGAGUAUUUCGGCAUAGUAGAACCAUGUCCAAGAAAGGACAAAAACAGGUUAAUCACCGCGCUGCUGGAAAUAAUUCUCAUAAUGCAGCUAUCAAGAAAUCCUCUCAAUCACAUCAGAUUCUUCUUAAAUGUACAGAGAAUAGUACAAAAAUGUGUCUCCGUAGCUCCUUAUACUACUACAGCUGACGCUCUUGAUAUAUUCACUUCUGAACUGUUGCAUAAACACAGAAGUCGGACGAAAAACAUAUUGACACUAAACAAUUUAAAUAUAAGAUAUUUCACAGAAACUGACAAUCAUGAUGUGUCUCAAAUGACUACUGAAAGAUUAGAUUCAAUAAUCAAUGAACUUAUAACUAAGAAUAAAGAAAAGCAAAUCCUGCAGAUGGUACAAGAUUGCUUGUAUUACCGCAAAUAUAUUCCUAUGCAAACUGUGAAGAAAUUAUGUAGGAUCUUCAGUGAGACCGGGAAACCGGAGUAUAUUAGCAUUUUGCAGCAAUAUUCUUCGAAAGUUGAUCCGAUUAUAUAUAAACGUAAUGGAGAAUUCAUUCACUAUAUGGCUAAAGCUCAAUGCAUGAAAGGGAAUUCCGAUAAGGGACUUGCGCUGUUAAAAGACGCAUAUACAAAGUAUCCGAGCUUACGAAGCUUGUGUAGAAUCAUAUUUAACGAACUCAUUCAAGAUUCAAUAUUUAACAGAUCCGAAGCAAGUUUAGUAAUAUUUAAGAAAUAUGUUAUAAUGUUUAGUGAAGAGUUUGAUGAUUAUUAUCCACUGGUUUGUUUUUGGCACUUGAGUUGGUCGAGCACUUGGUUUUCCGAUCAAAUGUUAUCGGAUGAUCUUCUGAAGUCUUCCAAAGGGUUAAGGGAUAUUGUCAAGGACAAAGCGACAGCGUUCACAAUAUGCAUCCUCCGGGACAAAUACAACGAAGAUGCGGUGGUGAGACUCCUGCAGAGCUUGCUGAAGUAUAGCAUGAUGGACGAAUAUGCCAGAGUACUGCAAAUUCUCUUCAAUUACAAGUUAAGAAACAGAGACAUGCGAGGCUGCACCGAAAUCAUGCGGAACUGCGAAACGCUGGGCAUCAGUCUACCCUCGAACCACCAAGAGAAGUACAUCAAACUGCUGAUCCAGGGCAAAGACAAGACAGACGGCAAGCCGCCUGACUUUAAACUCAAGUUUUAAGCUGUUAAUAGUAUGUAAGUAAAGUAGAAAGAAAUAUAGUUGUAUAGUUCCUA